GGUCACUCUGUGUCGGACCGAGCCGUCUGAGGCCGUCAGACGUCCCGCGACACUCGGCCGAGGCCGUACCCGCCGGCCGCCGCUGUCAGAGACCGUCCCCGCCGGUGCCCUGUCAGAGGCCGUACGCCGCGGCCGGGCUGCGUUGCAUGCAGGCUGGGCGGCGUUGCAGGCGGCGCGGCGGGCCGGGCUGUAUUGACGGGCUGGCUGGUCCGGAGUGUCCUGCCCCCUGGCGGCGGCGCGAGCGGCCGACCGCCGCCGACGCCAGCCGCCUGUCAUGGCCCAAGGUUAGUACUGCGAGACCGCCGUCGGGUCUGCACGACGCGCAGUGAUCCGCGCCGACUGUGCAACUACUGAGAGUGCCGGCAGUGCGGAGGCAGCGAGCCUGAGCCGAGAGACGUGCCGAGUGCCGAGUGUUUGUGAGUGUCCGCCGUGAGUGCCCGAGGGGACGCGGUGACAAUCGCAGUGUGACACCACGGAACAGCACCGAACAGAGUCAGCAUGAAUGCGGCCCGUCGGUGAGGUGUCGAGCAGCAGCGGCGUCAGCGGCGGCGCCGUCAGGAUGUCGUACGAGACCGAUGGCUCCUCCGAGGGGUCGCCGCGCUCUCAUCCGAGUCCCCCGGACGGCGGCGUCGGCUCGCCCACCCAGUCGGAAGCGUCGCCGGGGCCCUGCACCUCCUCACACCCCAAUCCGGGCCAGAAGGCGCGAAAUGAGGCGGAGAAACACCGGCGGGACCGCAUCAACCGCGGCGUCAACACCAUCUGCGGCAUGGUCGGUCCCGCCUACAUGAGCAAGCAGCAGAAGAAGAUCGACAAGAUCACCACCCUGCGGCUGGCCGCCAACUACAUGAGGCGCGCAUUCAUUCACUGUUUCGUCGCAUCCCUCGGGGUGCAGGAGAAAAAGUCAUCACUCCCGGGUGAUAUCAUGGAAUUUAUCCAAAACUUCUCGGAGGAUUCGGGCUUCUGGCUGACAAUCAACCGACGAGGGAAGAUUCUGGAUGCCACCGAGGGGAUCCAGCAUUUACUAGGGUACAAUUUGGUAGACGUAGCCAACGAGGAUCUAGCGAAGUUCGUGGACUCGAGCCAGAGCGAUAACCUCAUGACCGAGAAGCUGCUCGGCUACCCGGACGACUGCUCUGAGAUGGUCUCCAAAGAUGUGACGCUCUAUAUGCACCCGAAGCCCAGCGGUCGGAAGGACAGCCUGCGCUCGGGCGCGCCCGUGCACGUGCGGGGCUUCAUGGGGCCGAUCCAGUCGCUGAUCGGCACGGCGCCGGACUCCGCCACCGAUCCAGGUUCCGAGGCGCGGCAGAGGCUAGUGCCCGACGACGAGGUGAUUCUGGUGGCCCGCGUGACCCCGGCCGGCGGUCGCAUCCAGACCUACGUGGAGCCGCGACCUGAGAACGAGUACCUGCUGCAGGUGCGCUCCGACGGCGUCAUCGUCGGCUCCGACAGCAGAAUAAGUCUCUGCGCCGGCUUCCUUCCAAGCGAAGUGCGGAAAAAGUCGGCACAUAGCUUCCUGCACAAAGACGAUCGAAUGUUCGCUGCUGUUCGACAAGGACUGAUGUUCCUGUUCCCGGACGUGUUUAGCAGUGUCACAGUGCGACUGAUCAACAACACCAACAACAUUGAGUUCGUCAACGUGCGCGGAAACCCCAACUUUGAGAUGCAAAAGAACCUGCCGCCCGGCCACUUCACGACGCGACAAAUCAUCAUCAGUGCCAACGAAGCCCGCAAAGAACGGUGUAGAGAGAUGCAGCACCUACAGGAGUUUCUUCGUGACGUCAUCCACGGAAAAUACCCCCGGGAACAGGUCCAGGGCAUGGUCCAGGCAAUCAUGGGUCCUAUGAUGAAUCAGCUGAGCGCAUUCGACGGCUACACCAGCUUUAACGACCCCUUCUCGGAGGAGUUCAGCAUGUGCAUGUUCCAAAUGCUGGCCGAGUUCAUGCGCACGAUGCCGACGUCGGACGUAUCUGGUUGGUCGUCAGCUCCGGCCAGCAGCGGAGACGUUCAAAUCACCGAGCUGGACUCGACCACCCCCGGUCCUCCGGAGGUGGUCUGUGCCGACCCGAUGCCGCCACCGCCGCCCACUCAGAGCGCGCUGCCCAUGGAGCCCCUGCGGGUGGACACGUACAGCGCCACCGAUCUGCCGGCCGACGACCUGCACACGCUGCUGAGCAGCUGCAGUGAGGACCAGUGGGACGAGCCGGUCGGCGCCGGCCCCAGCCCGGUGCCCAGCGACUUCGGCGCCGCCGCACAGCCGUCACCGGACGGCCUCGGCGGCGGCGGGUUCCGCGCGCCCACCAACGGCCUGUCCUCGGCGCAGUACCCGCCGUGUGCGGCCCCGCAGCGGCACCCGUCGUACCCGCCGGCUGUGCCGCCGCAGACGUGCGCCAUGCAGGCGCAGCAGCAGUCGCCGUGCGGCUACCCGGCCGCCUCGCCGCAGUCGUACGUCAGCGCGUCGCCGCAGUCGUGCGGCGUCCAGUCGCCGGCGCAGUCGUUCUCGGCGGCGUCGCCGCAGUCGCGGUAUAGCAGCAUGUCGCCGGGUCAGUGCUAUGCCUCGCCGGCGGCCAAUGGGCAGAUGAUGUCGCCACCUUACGGCCAGCCGGUGAGGCAGUCGUGUCAGUUCCAGCCGGCAGAGGCGCCUCCGGCGGGGUACCAGGAGACGGGCAUGUUUCUGUCGCCGCCUCAGCAGCAGGCCGUGCCAGGCUAUUCACAUUCUCAAGAAAUGUCAAACAGGCAUCUCAUGACACAGACUGCGAUGGACACGGGCCAGCUGGCGCCGUCCGAGUUGGGCGCUCUGGAGCUGGCUGUCGACUCGCUGCCGCUGCUGCUCACGCCGCCUACCUCGUCUAACCCGCAGCCGCCAGACGACGCCAUCAUGAACUGGAGCCACGGCUGAGCGCCGCUGGCGCGCGCGCAGAGACCUGAGUGGACGCCGGCCGCCGCGGUGCGCGCAGAGACCUGAGUGGACGCCGGCCGCCGCCGCGGCGCGCAGGGCAUUUGGUUCAUCGCGAGCUCAUGGCAUCCACCGACCGGCCGUGUGGAGCCGACCACGGCUGUCCGGCUCGGUCCACACUCCCGCAGUCCACAUCCACAUCCACAUGUACGCACACAUAUACCAUCAUCGUUGCCGCUUGUUCGGACUCUGACUGUGGCGGCCAGCACCGUCAGGCCACCGCCGGUGUCAGUGCAGUCCGCGCGGCCGUCGGUAGUUUCAGAAAGCCUGCGGUUAGGUGGCAGCGGGCCGAGCGCGGGCCUCGUGCUGUCUUCUCUUCCUCGCCGUACAAAUAUAAGAGUCAGCGGUGGCGCCGGGCGCGAGUGCGUGAGUUAGGGCCCGGUGAUAGAGUGCUGUCACGGACCGCUCGUAUAGAACGCUGGCGGAUCGCAGCUGGGCGAGUCACGGGAGCUGUUGGAGACGUGUGGUGCAGAACGCUCGGGCGUGUUACGAUGGCAAAUGUGUGGCGUAUCGCGGAUUCAGCUCAGAAAUCUAUCCAGCGGCGCGCGUGUUAUAGAAUUCCAUCCAGUCGAGCGCCGACUAUCAGUGAUAAACAUUAUGUUUAAGUGUGGGAUCUCUGUUUGUGAAUGAGUGUGUUGCUGUGUUCCCGGUGGACUAUCCAAACGUUUGGUAUGAGAGGUGUGGGCGAGUGGGCUCAAGUGUGGGGCGAGUUGGAUCGUUGAUGUUCGGUUUUACCUGUGCUAAUUCACAUUUUGAAGUGUGCGACUUUUGGUGUGAGCGUGCGUCGUCUUUGCUGUAUCCAUUUUCUAUUUCCGAGAGAAAACACUUCCAUUGGCAUAAAAAAGCUGUCAAAACCGUUUUAUGGCCCAUGUCGUCUCUAAAAACAGGCUCCACUUACCCAUAUACGAUUUGAUCGAGGAUCACAUUUUGUCGUUCCGCAUUGGUUUUCUGCUAGCAAGUUUUUAUCGAAUCAGAAACUUAGAAAUCAGCUCAUUUACCUAUAUGUUGGCUAACAAUGUAGCACUAUUCGUUAGUCAUGCUGGUUCUUGGACGCCCUCACAAUGUGACUCUGAGAGAGAGAAUCGCGGAGGAUUUGCGUGGUUGGAUGUUCAGUGUACUGUGAUAAGUGCAAGGUUCUGAGCGCAAAUCAAAUUCGCCAGUCGUCCAAUCAAAUUAUACAAGCCUACACGCUGUUACCCUGUAGUCCCCCUAUGUUCCCGACGGAUCUAUGUGUGACAGGAAAUUAGAUGGUUUCCCUGAUACCUCCCGCUCAAAUGACACGCGCGCUCACACGUCAAACCAUUUAGCUUCACCAAGCGUAGUACCUCAGAGAGGUACGAGCCGCGAUGCCCUGUACCUUGAUAGCUGUUGGAAAUCAAAAAUUUACCUGGCUCGUGUAAAACUUGUAGUUUUUCAGCCUGGCAUUGUAAAUGUCAUGAGUAGCUCAAAGCUGUUGCGCCGAUUUUCAUGACGUAGCCGAUUUGGCUCCAAGUGAUUGUGACCGUUUUUUGGUGGCCUAUUGCAUUUUAUCGCGUCCCUUGCGGUAUUGCUCCAAGCAUAUGUUCCAGUUGUGUGAAGUAUGGUCGCUCUAGAUAAACAUCUACAUUGAAUAUCGGCCACGAAAACUGAGAGGUCUGUAUCUACCGCAGCUUCACUAUGCUGCUUUCAGUUUCAUCCGAUGAAACUUUAACAUUUCAAGGGAACUCCUUGCCUAAGGCUACUUAUUGGCUUCUCGGAUUCCUGGUGCGUCUUUCUCCUCAAGAGCGUCUCUAAGACCGUUUGAGCCUAAACAAGGUACUUGCUCUUGCAUUGCAAGCUAAAAAUUGUCAGAUUGAAUAAACACAUAAAAAGGGGCAGCUUUUUCUAAACCACAAUUCCAUCAUUGUAUCGUCCUAAGACGAAUGUCUGUGCGUUACAAAUAGCUGCUGUCGCCUCCCAGCGUCGCAUUUCCACCCGUAGGCUCCCACCUGCCGUCCCUUUAUAUGGGGACCAGUGUGCAGCCGCUCGGUAAUCAAAAUCUGCCUAUUGCCUAUCCCGUGUUACGGCUGCCUACCUGUGUGUCUGUGUGUCUGUGUGGAGUGUUGGGUGAACGGGAUGUCGUCUCACCGUGUCGCCCAAAGCGGUCACGAGGAGGUGACACCAUGAGCGGGAGUGGAAAGUCGCGUGUUUCGGGUGAUAUGCGCCAUCAAAUGGGCACUGAGAGUCGCGUGUACGGGCGUUAUUCAUGUUGUUAUGCAGGCGUAGUGUUUUAUGAGAAUGGCGCGUUGUUGCUGUACGUUAUGCGUGGUUAUACCUGAGCCACGUUUGUACAAUAAACUCACACAGCUAGCGACCGAA